AUGGGAGUCAGAGCUCUUAAGAAUUCUUCACACCGAUCAUGUGUUUGCCAAUUACGGAAAGGGACCCAUCAUGCCAUUAAGGUCUCAACAAAUGCCAACCACGUUGAAGAGAAAGCUGUUUUGCUUGCAACCCAGUUGCCGGCUGUUGUUCGUUUGCUUGAUAGACAGGAUAGUUUGGAUAAAGUUUGUCUUUGGGGAGAUUUUCAGACAAAGGGUUUUAUGAACCGGGUGUGUUUAGUUAGUAUCAAAGAUUUAUUGCUUGAGUUGGAGAGUUUCAGGUGA